UCGGCACUAGCCUACAGCAAUCCUGGCAUGGUUUAAUGGUCUUCUAUUAAAAUGCUAAUCAGACUUGAGAUUGGGGUGCUGCCUUGUGCCAUGUUAAAGCGUCUGAUUAAGUUUGUUUUGUUUGUUUUCCAUCCGUUCUGUGACACCUACGCUUAGGAAAGGGCGCCUAAUACAGGAGCGGGAAAAGGGAACCCAAGUGACAAUUGUAAUCAUUUUGAUGUGAUACUCCGGGCUGGCACUUAGAUUGCAGUCUCCUCGGGGCACAUCUUUUAUUUACUAUUCUGUAAAGCAGUGUGCUUAACAAUAUUAUGCGGAAGCCAAACGCGUCGAAUGGGCGACCAAAGCAGGCACCAGAGGGGGAAAGGCAGAAGCGCUCUGGAAGAAGCCAGGACAAGAGAACUCCGGGGAGCGAUCCCGCCGGGCCGCGCUGCUUUCUUUUGACUCGCAGAGCAGCCAGAGAAGCGGGAGGGGGCGCCUCACCUGUCUCAGGUACGGGACGGGAAGUACCUGUUGCUUUGAGGAUCACGUGCCUCGGAGGGGAGGAGGAGGCGGCGGCGGCGCUGUCGUCGUUACGGGAGAACGACUGCUGGGUCAGAGCGAGCUCGCGAGCUCAGAAGGUGCUUGGCCGACAGCGCGAAGCAGCGGGAAACAAGCCUGGCGUCUUUCUCCCAGGACUUUCUUGCAACAGAAGAACUACCUGGAGUUUUUGGCGGUUGCUGCAGUACAGACAGAAGUUGGUGCUAGCAGCCUUUCUCCUGCGGCAGUGGGGAUUUCCUCCCCUCAUCCUGCCCCUCUCCUGGCUGGAGAGGUGGGCAAUGGCCGGCUCUGGAUACCUUGCACUCCUUCUGACAGCGUCUCUCCAAUCCCUUUUGCAUCCUGCAUGGGGUCAGGGUUCCUCCGUUGACAACAGCACAGCGGGACCUACGUCAGUGCCACCCACUUCUUCUUCCAAAGGCCUCUCGAAGGCGGAACUGGAAGCUGCUAUAGCUGUGCCUUGUGUUUUUGUAGGACUCUUGCUAAUUGGCCUUUUGGUUUUCAUGGGACUCAAAAUUCGGGAGAAGCGCCAGACAGAAGGGACCUACCGGCCCAGCAAUGAGGAGCAGGCAGGGGCCCGUGUGGAACCACAGACCAACCUCAAGCUGCCUCCAGAAGAGCGACUUAUCUGACAGAGUGAAAAAGGACACAGUUUUGGGGUCUCUCCUUGGAAAAAGCUGCUUAACACACUGGACUAAAAAAAAAAAAAAGAUUGAGAAUGGACCUGUGAAACUGGAAGAUCCCCAGGAUGGUUGGCAGCAUUCCCAGCUGGCUGGCUAGCUAUGAAUAGCUGUCAGUGGAGAAGUUCCAAAUGCCAGAAAGAAGGCAGACCAGGAGCUGUGAUUGGUAGAGGUGCAAGAUGGGAUCCUGCUCUCUGCACCCAGAAAGAAAAGGCCCACCCUGGUGCUAUGGGAACAGACCAAGCUGUUGUUCUUCCUAGAAUAGAAUCGACUGUGCAGCCAGUGGGAACGGUCGGUCUUUCUAAAGAGAGAAGGAUGGUGGCUUUGGGUGCCUUAGCCCAACCGGUGGAUUCUGGGAGGGGAUUUUGCCUUUCAAGUGUAUUUUUAAAGUGUGUGUUGGUUGUCCUCUGCCUUUAAGAAUGCCACUUUCUAAUAAAAGUCAAUUCUCCCUUUUUUUGAUGAAGGGAAAAAUGGCAUCACUUGAUGAAUUGUGCUGUGGCGAAGGGGUUAAUGCACUCAGUUGCUUGGCGGAAAGUUUAUUCUGAAACGAUCUAAAUGCAUAAAUGGAGGACAUCACU